AUGGCAAAGAAGAAUCAACGGAUUGAUUCUGACGACGAUGCUGCAAUACGAUCAUGCGUCGACUGGAAUGAAGACUGGGAGACGGAACAAGAUAUUCGAGCACAAUGGGAUGAAAUUCAUCAAGCAAUUCAUCAGAAUAAUGCUGAACAUCUCGACGACCUUCUUCCACCGAUCAACUUAUAUUUUAGUAAAGAGAAAUACUGGUCUUGCAAUUUCUAUCGUCGAAAAUAUAUUGGUGGACAAGAUAUUCUUCUGCAAGCAAUCAUACUUCAACACUCCGCCUGUGUCGAUGUGAUUCUUGAUAAAAUCUGUAGUGGAGACUUACCUUUGGACAUCGUUGAUUACGUUGAUCUUCGAACUAGUCGCUCAUCAUUGGAAAUAGCCUGUGAAAGAGAUGAUCUGGAUCUCGUUCGAAAACUUGUUGAACGCGGUCAUGCAAGAGCAUUGGCUUCUCGAGCUUUCUUCAUUGCAUUUGAACGAGGAAACGAAACGAUAAUGAACUGUUUGGCCGCUCGAUGUAAUGUUCAACAGAAAGAUCAUCUUGGACGAACAACUCUUGAUUACGCCGUUCGAGCAGGAUAUAUGGAAGUUAUCAAGACUCUUAUUUGCCAUGGUGAAAUCGGAAGAAACAGAGUUGGAUUCUCUCCAUUGAUGCUAAUGGCUCAUUGUAACUUGACUUCAUUCGUAGAUUUACUUUUCGAACGAUUACCAUAUCAAGAAGCUGUGGAUGAAUUGGUGUUACUUGCUUGCCAUUAUACUAUUGCAGGCGAUGUGCCAAAUUACCAAAAAGCAUUUGAUUACUUUACCAGAGGUUUAAACGAAGAAGAAUCAGCACAAGUCAUCACUCUUAACGAAGCUUACGAGUGUCGCCGAGAAUGUCAGACAUUGGAGCAGUUGCUAGCGAUACGACAUGAUGAGAAUGCACUGCGUAUGCACGCCUUACUUGCGAGUGAGCGAAUUUUACUGCGACUGGGUGACAUUGAUCUUUUGUUGAAAUUUAUCAAUCGCCAAUGCAAUGUCUAUCGACGUAGCGAGUCAUUUCAUCGUUCCCUUCAAUUACGUAUACAUGCUCAUCAGAUAGCUCUGUAUACUCAAAUCGAUCGUGACAUUUUCUUAGAAUGGCAUAGAAACCAUUUUGAUGAGCUUCUGAUAGAUCUGAGCGAAGCAUGGAGUGAAACGGAUACAGUACCGAUUGGUUCGAUUGAAAUGGUUGCGACCUUGCUACUCGAUAACGACGAAUGCUAUAAUUUGCGGCACACUUUUAAUCUCCUGGCAACAGUCGUUAAUAUGAUUGAAACAGUAAAAACAAACAGUCAUGAGCGUCGUUCACUUCUUGCUGUCGCACAACGAGUGGUACAUCAUAAUACAAUGGGACGCAGUGUUCUAAACUGCUAUAUUCAACGUUAUGCAAUGGACACUUCCGUUCAUGAACUGCCACUCUAUAAUGUCUCAACAUUGUCAGUUAUUCAGUUGAUGAUUCGAUGUGGUGCAAAUGUCGAUGGGGCCAGUAACGACAGAUCCUCUGUCCGACCAUUGCAUGUAAUUGCGACAUGCUCCGAUAUUGAUAUUAGCAAGCCAGUCAUUGAAUUACUUCUUUCUCACGGCGCUCAUAUUGAUUGCAUUGAUGGUAGAGGCAACUUACCAUACGCGUUAGCUUCAGAACCGGCUAUCAAAGAGCUUCUUCGCCCUACUCGUAGCCUGUCACUCAAAUGUCGAUGUGCUCAAAUUAUUGUGUCCACAAGAAUCAAUUAUCAAAACUAUCUUUCUUCAAAUCUAUCAAGCUUUGUCAGAUUGCAUGUCGCCACAGAAACAAACUAA